GCAAAGAAAGAAAGGUCCCCCCUGCAAUCCCCGCGCGUGUUGCUUUGUAAGAAGAAGACCAAAGAUGGUGACGACGGGCAUCGGCGGAGCUCUGGUGGUGGUUGCUCGGUCUCGGUGCUUCUGCGUCACAGCAAAUUCCGACCUUCUUCGCUCCAAGCUCGAUCGGCUUCACGCGGAGGCAGAGUCCACCCGUGCCAAAGCAAACAGUAAUAGGUUGAGACUUCUGAGAUUAUCUGAGGCUGCUGAGAAUCUACGGAAACAAGCAGCUGUGAAUGUUCAAACAGGGAAAGAGAAUGAUGCAAGAGAGUUACUUCUUCAGAAGAAAAAGGUUAUGCAAGCUUUGGACAAGGCCAAAGCUCGUAUUGAGUUGCUCGAUACGCUUUCUUCUAAACUUAACGAGGCAAUAUCUGUCAAGGAAACACAGCUGAUAGGCAAUAUAUCUUUGGAUCUCGAAGAGGAUGGAGAGAAUAGUACUUCAGGUGGAAUCCACAUUGUAUCGCCAAAGCCCAAAUCUACUGAAGACGGGCACGCAAAUGACUACACUCACUUGGAUUCUGAGGGAAGUCAACUUAUUGAAAGGAAUUCUGAGGAUUACCAAGAACUUCUCAAUACCGAUAAUCAUGUACUAGAAGAUGUUUCAACUGGUAGCAUCCUUAAAGAAGUGUCUUCUUAUGAAUCUUUCUUGGAAAGUUUAGACCAGAAACUUAGCAGAAUCGAAGCUGAACUAGUCACGGUUGUGAAUGUUGCAUUCUUGGUGCUUAAUCAUGAAGAUAAACCCAAGAAUCUAAAGGUUCAGCAGACUGCAGAAAUUCUUGAAGAGAUUCGUCGUGUGAGGGAAAGAAUCGCAGAUAUCAUUUGCAAGGAGGCAAACAUCAGUUAGUGUGCAUUAAGCAUUACUUACCAGCGCAGCACAGUGAACUAAAGAAAUGAAACCACUCUUGGUAUGAAAAGUUAAUUUACCAUUUCUUUAAUCAGUCUGCUUAGACAGGUAUAUAGUCAUUUUCUUGGUGUGAAUAUUGAUAUCUUCUAAGGUGCUACAUUAAAUUUUGAUGUGAUAUGAAGUUAAUAUGGUCGUUCACGUUAAUGUUGUUGUUGUGGGAUGAUGAUUAUUAAUGUGAUAUCAAUACUUCGGAGCA